AACGGCGGCGGCCGGAGGAGGAAGAAGAGGAGGAAGAGGAAGCGGCGGCGGCGGCUCAGGGAGACUUGGGGGCCGCUCCAGAGUUCUGCUUUUUUUCCACCGAUCUAACAGACCUGGAGCCAGCAAGACUCGGACAAAAGGACUUAAUCAGGUUUAUGUGUGCUAAAGGUUAUGAAGACAGCAUGGAGUUUCCUGACCAUAGUAGGCAUUUACUACAGUGUCUGAGUGAGCAGAGACAUCAGGGUUUUCUUUGUGACUGCACUGUUCUGGUAGGAGAUGCCCAAUUCCGAGCACACAGAGCUGUACUGGCUUCGUGCAGCAUGUAUUUCCACCUAUUUUACAAGGACCAGCUGGACAAAAGAGACAUUGUUCAUCUGAACAGCGACAUUGUUACAGCCCCAGCUUUCGCUCUCUUGCUUGAAUUCAUGUAUGAAGGGAAACUCCAGUUCAAAGACUUGCCCAUUGAAGAUGUGCUAGCAGCUGCCAGUUAUCUCCACAUGUAUGACAUUGUCAAAGUCUGCAAAAAGAAGCUAAAAGAAAAAGCCACCACGGAGGCAGACAGUACAAAAAAGGAAGAAGAUGCCUCAAGUUGUUCAGACAAAGUGGAGAGCCUCUCUGAUGGCAGUAGCCACAUGGCAGGAGAUAUACCCAGUGAUGAAGAUGAAGGAGAAGAUGAAAAAUUGAGCAUCCUGCCUAGCAAAAGAGACUUGGCGGUCGAGCCUGGGAACAUGUGGAUGAGAUUGCCCUCGGACUCGGCAGGCAUUCCCCAGAGUGGCGGAGAGGCAGAGACACACGCAACAGCAGCUGGAAAAACAGUAGCCAGCCCCUGCAGCUCAACGGAGUCUUUGUCCCAGAGGUCUGUCACCUCCAUGAGGGAUUCAGCAGAUGUUGACUGUGUCCUGGACUUGUCUGUCAAGUCCAGCCUUUCCGGAGUUGAGAAUUUGAACAGUUCUUAUUUCUCUUCGCAGGACAUGAUGAGAAACAACCUGGUGCAGGUGAAGGUGGAGAAAGAGGCUUCCUGUGAUGAGAGUGAUGUUGGCACUAAUGACUAUGACAUGGAACAUAGCACUGUGAAAGAAAGUGUGAGCACUAAUAACAGGGUACCGUAUGAGCCAGCCCACCUGGCUCCUAUGAGGGAAGAUUCUGUUCUGAGAGAGCUAGAUAGAGAGGACAAAGCAAGUGAUGAUGAAAUGAUAACUCCAGAGAAUGAGAGAGUUCAGGUGGAAGGGAAUAUGGACAGCAGUCUGCUCCCUUAUGUCUCCAACAUACUUAACCCUGCAGGCCAAAUUUUCAUGUGCCCCCUCUGCAACAAGGUCUUCCCCAGUCCCCACAUUCUGCAGAUUCACUUAAGUACGCACUUUCGAGAGCAGGACGGGAUCCGCAGCAAGCCUGCCACUGAUGUCAAUGUCCCGACCUGCUCCUUGUGUGGUAAGACUUUUUCUUGCAUGUACACCUUGAAACGUCACGAGAGGACUCAUUCAGGCGAAAAGCCGUACACUUGCACCCAGUGUGGAAAGAGCUUCCAGUACUCCCACAAUCUGAGCCGCCAUGCCGUAGUUCACACACGGGAGAAGCCACACGCAUGCAAGUGGUGUGAACGCAGGUUCACACAGUCCGGAGACCUUUACAGACAUAUUCGCAAGUUUCACUGUGAGUUGGUGAACUCAUUGUCUGUCAAAAGUGAAGCACUGAGCUUACCUACUGUCAGAGACUGGACAUUAGAAGAUAGCUCGCAAGAACUUUGGAAAUAGAAUUUUUAUAUAUAUAAUUAAUAUAUAUAUAUAUAAAUCUAUAUAGUUGUGGUACAGUCUAAAAGCAGUCUUGUUUCCUUGAACUGAAAGUUUGGCCAUUAGCUUGUUUUAUGCACUUUAAGGCGGCAUGAACAUUUCAUUACUUAGUGCUCUGAUAAAAUGAACUAUAGAAAUGAGACUAAUAGACUUCAUAAAUGUUUCCCCAUCAAGUACUUAUUUUAAACAAAACUGCAAAUGAAAAUAAUGUGAUUUUUAAGGUUCUAUUUAACCUUCCAUGCAACACUGCAUCAUUUCAAACUCUAUUUAAAACAAAAAGUGAACAGAAAUCCCCUCCAGUGUUUUAUCAAUUUGUUUAAAUUUUUUAAAAAACUGCAUGCAUCUUUUCUAGCUGUGGGAAACCUGAAUGCUUUUAGACCCAAACGAUAAAUUUCCGAAAUGCUGGAGUAUCUAUUUUUAAACAAGCAGUUGAGAUAUUGUAAUUUGUGGAUUACAACAGUUCCCAAUUUAAAAACAAAAACCACCAGAUUUUUGAAAAUACACUGGAAUUGCUGGGACUGUGUGAAGGUUUGCUUGGGAUAAAAAAGGACGUUGCAGCUUUAGCAGUUGCGAACUGUGCAUUUAAAAAUGUGAAUUACUGUUGUAUACUGUAAUUGAUUAAAUGGGCUGGGGGGUGUCAAGGAAAUUGACAAGUUGUAUUAAUGCUCUCAGUUGAGUCUUGAAAAGUAAAUAUUAACGCUACGGAAAUGCAUGCGUUUCAGUAUAUUUUUGUCUUUGUUUGCAUUGUAUAACUUUAAUGAGUGAGUUUUAAAACUUAUUUAAUUUUUUGUAGGAAAAAAAAACACCACUGGAAAAAUUGGUGUUAAUGAAGAACAUAAAUGCACUGUUUUUUAUUUUAUAUAAUUUAAAUUAAUUGCCCACUGUCUUUAAGUUGAACAAAAGCUACAUGUUGAUUUUAGCUAUGUAAAGGAAGAUAGUAAUGUUUACAAACAGGCUUAGAGAUUUGCAUGUGCAGUGUACAUUUAUCAAAAAAUCUGAUUGCACAAAACUCAUGCCAGCUCUAACUUUAGAUGCAUACAUUACCCAUAUGAGCAUUUUUAGAAUUCCUGCUGCACAAAUUAACAAUAGGUCAUUCAUUUUUCGCCCCUUGAAAAGAUUCUAUGGAGUGAAAAAGCCCCAGGCUGAAAGGACUAGAAAACCUUGAUUGACAUGGGGUGGAAUAGGGUGGGGUGGGGGAACGGCAGGAGAAAAGUUGGGGGAGGGUUUGUGAACUGUGUAUCCAAGCAGCAAAGUCUGCAGCCUGACGUGUGGUUUUAAUGAUCAACACACGGGGCAAAAACAUUUUGCACAGUGUUUGUUUUCCUGUCUUGCACUUACAAAUAAGGUCUAUGGGAGUAGCAUGGAAAAUUGUUUUUUCUUCUUUCUGCUUUUGUUUAGAAUUUGAUCGCCUUAACUACUGUAAACAUAGCCUAUUUUUGUGCUUAAGAAAAACUGAAUGGAAAACUCCAUUGUGUAUUGCUGGACUGUUUUGGAAAUAUUUUGGUCAAAUGUAUGUUAAUUUGGCUGUAAUGGCAUUUAAAACAAAAAAAGCUGUGAAAAUGGCCUUGGAGCAUUAUUUUUAGUUACUUGAAUAGUCUAGGUUUUAAAAAUACAUUCUUUUUAUUAAUUUAGAAAAGACAAUCAAUGUCUGAGAAAAAUGGACUACUUUUGGAUUUUUUUUGUGGACGUGAGUGAUUGUUUUUUCGGGGGGAGGGGGGGGUUGGCUUUUAGUUUCACAUUCUUCUUUGGUUCUAAAAAUUAGACUGACAUCUAGCUUUGACAAUCAUAGUAUGUUUUAUUUUCCUGAGGGGGAGGGGGAAUAACUUAUAAUGCUGUUUAGUUUUGUACUAUUGGUGUGUUGGUGAAUUUUUAAACUGUGUGCUAACUGCAAUAAAUUAUACAUACUGAGAAAUCAA